AUGUCGAUACUAUUUAAAUCAAAUUCAAAAACCAUUGUUUAUAAGAAUCAAAUUUAUAAUUGCUUAAAGUAUUAUUAUAGUACAGAUGUAGCAAGAACUAACUCAAUCAAUGUUAAUUUUGAAGAUACAGAAGAAUAUAAAAUGUUAAUCAAAGAGGAUCCAGAUUUAGCAGCACCAAAACAAACACCUCGUGGAGCAGCGUUUCAAAAGAGAUUUAUGGAAAAAUCUAUAAUUGAAAAAGCUAAAAAAUUACCAGACACCUCAUCACCUUUAUCAGAUAUGACAAAAAGAGCCCAAUAUGAAAUGUUAAUGAGAAGCAGUCAAAAACAAAUUAUUGGUAAAGGAAAGAAACAUCUUUACGAAUUUAAUACAAGUCCAAUUGACCCAUAUGAAUUUUUUUCAAAAGUACCUUUUUUAUUACCAGCAGCACGUCAAUUACUUGAUCGUAUGGGUUUAUGCGGUCAUUUACAUAAUGUUUUACAAACCAUAGAAUAUUUAGAUCAAAAAUUACCAUCGUUGGAUGUAGUUACAUAUUCAACUAUUUUAUCAGCAUUAGCAAAUUGUAAAGAUAUCGAUAAUUCUUUAUUGAUUUUUAAAAGAUUAUUAAAUGAAGGUAUUUUCCCCAAUAAUCAUAUAUUCAAUUCAUUAAUAAGAGUACAUAUGGAUAAUGGUUUAGUUGAUGAGUCCAUAACGAUAUUAAAGUCAAUGGAGGAGUCUUAUGGAAUAAAACCAGAUCAUGUCAAUUAUACAUCAAUAAUUCAUGGUUGUGUAAAUAAUAAAAAAUAUGAUAUGGGUCUUCAAAUAUUUUCAGAAGCAAGAAAUAAAGGUAUGGAACCAGAUUCAGUCACCUUAACAGUUUUAAUCAAUGCAUGUGCAAAGAACAAUCGUGUAGAAAAGGCAUUUGCUUUUUAUGAUGAAUUUAGCUAUUUAAAUUUAAAACCAACCGAAGUUACAUUCAACUCCCUUAUCAGUGCAUGUGCAAAACGUUCAGAUGAUUACUAUUAUUUAAGAGCAUUCGAAUUACUUCAAGAAAUGGACGUCAAUGGAUUUAAACCAGAUAUUAUUACCUAUACAUCACUAUUAAAUGCAGCUUCAAGAAGAGGUGAAAUACCAGUAGUAGAAAAAAUUUUUAAUGAACUUUUACAUAAUCGUGAGGAUUUUAAACAAAAACCAGACGAAAGAGUAUUUAAUUCAGUUUUAAUGGCAUAUGCAAAUAAUCAAAUCGAUGAAAUGAAAACUCCAACUAAAGCAGGUUUAAAAACAAAUAUCGAGAAGGCAAAUAAAGUAUUUAAUCAAAUCGAAAAAAGAAAACUCACUGUAACACACCACUCUUUAGAUUCAUUAUUACGUGUUUAUGCCAAUGCCAAUCGUUUGGCUUUAGCAAAAGAACUUUUCGAUACAAAAUAUAGUCAAUAUAAAGUCAAACCAUCAAUAUCAUCAUAUUGUAUUUUAAUUACAAUGCUUAUGAAAAAUAAAAGAUUUGAAGAAGGUUUAAGUAUUUUUGAGAAAAUGAAGAAUGAUGGUAUUGAACCAGAUUAUAAAAUUUAUUUGGAAAUUUUACAUGGUACAACUAAAUUUGGUUAUGCUAAAACUUGUUUGAAAUUUGUUAAAGAAAUGGCACAGAAAGGUAUGCCACCAAUUUUAAAUGAUAUUAAAGGUAUUUUAAAAAGAUAUGAAGCCUAUCCAGAAGUCACCAACGAAAUUAAAUCUCUUGCUGUAUAUUCUGACCCAAAAACUGACCCAACAAAAACUAUUUUAUUUAAUUUAAAAUAA